AUGGAUGGACUGAAUGGCUCUGUGGUUUCUGAGUUUGUGCUGCUGGGACUCUCAGGUUCUUGGGAAACUAGAGUUAUUCUCACAAUAACAUUCUCCUUGCUCUACUUAGGGAUCAUCCUGGGAAACUUCUUUGUUGUCUUUUUGAUAAUUGUUGAUUCUCACUUACAUUCUCCUAUGUACUUCCUGCUGGCCAACCUGUCCUUGAAUGAUAUUGGUGUUUCCUCCACCACAGUUCCCAGGAUGAUCACAGACCUGUUAGCAGAACACAAAGUAAUUUCCUUCCAAAGCUGUAUGACGCAGACAUGCUUCAUCCACACCAUGGGAGGAGUAGAGAUGGUGCUGCUGAUAGCCAUGGCAUUUGACAGGUACGUAGCCAUCUGCAAUCCACUCCACUAUUUGUCCAUUAUGAAACCAAGAACAUGUGUUCUGUUGAUAGUCAUCAGCUGGGUAACAGGAGUGAUCCAUGCUAUGACUCAGUUUUCAUUUGUUAUCAACUUGCCUUUUUGUGGUCCUAAUAAGAUAGACAGCUUCUGUUGUGACUUUCCCAGGAUCAUACAGCUUGCAUGCUCUGAUGCAGCCAAGUUUGAGUUUGUUGUUGCUGCCAACAGUGGUGUCAUAACCAUAGGCACCUUCUUCCUGCUUCUCCUU